GCAUAUAUUUGGGUACUUGCACCUUAGUUUAUCGCAAGGGGGUCCUGACGUCAUUUGUUUGGGUUUGCGCGCAACUAGCUACGGAUAAAAUUUACACGCGCACGUUUUACACGAAUUUCAACAUAAUACGGUGUUUAUCAGGAGAUAAACGAGAUGUCAACGCCACUUUCGAAGCCCCAAAUUAUCAUGCACGUCCAGAAGAGUUUAAACUACACGGUUUUUGACUGCAAAUGGAUCCCGUGCAGUUCCAAGUUCGUGUGUCUCGGGAACUUUGCGAGAGGAACCGGAGUCAUGCAAAUGUACGAAAUGCAACACGGGGAGGCUCAGCUCAUCAAAGAGGUGGAGAAAGCCAAGCCCAUAAAGUGCGGCACAUUCGGGGCGUCGUCUCUUCAGCAAAGACACAUAGCGACGGGGGACUUUGAUGGAAAGCUAAAUAUAUGGAACCUGGAGGAGCCCAACGUGCCGGUGUACACGGUGAAAGCACACAAGGAGAUCGUCAACUGCAUCGACGCCGUCGGCGGUCUCGGCAUCGGCGACGGCGCGCCCGAGAUCGUCACCGGAAGCCGAGACGGUACAGUGAAAGUGUGGGACCCUCGGCAACGAGACUCACCCGUAGCCAACAUGCAGCCCGUGGAAGGAGACGCCAAGCGGGACUGCUGGACUGUCGCCUUCGUUGACAUGAAAUGUCCCCCAGGCCACGCCUUCAACGACCAGGACCGCUGCGUGUGCGCCGGCUACGACAACGGCGACAUCAAACUCUUUGACCUGCGCAACAUGUCCCUGCGCUGGGAGACCAACAUCAAGAACGGGGUGUGCUGCCUGGAGUUCGACAGGAAGGACAUCAACAUGAACAAAAUGGUGGCCACCUCGCUGGAGGGCAAAUUCCACGUCUUUGACCUGCGGACUCAGCACCCCACCAAGGGCUUCGCCUCCAUUUCCGAAAAGGCUCAUAAAUCGACCAUCUGGCAGGUGAGGCAUUUACCUCAGAACCGGGAAAUUUUCCUGACGGCCGGCGGCUCGGGCAGCCUUCACCUGUGGAAAUACGAGUACCCGGCCCAGCGCAGCAAGAAGGACGCGGACGGCGCCAGGGUGGGCGUGGCCGGCUCGGUGGGCCUGCUGCAGAACGUGACGCUGUCCACGCAGCCCGUCGCCAGCCUGGACUGGAGCCCCGACAAGAUGGGCCUGUGCGUGUGCGCCGGCUUCGACCAGACGCUCGGAAAUAUGGCGGCGGACGAUUAUCCUUUGGAGAUAGACGAGCAACUGAAGGGUUUCGAGUCGUCUGUGUCUGCGGUCAAAAAUAUGUUGGAUACUCUCUUGUCGAUGGCCAAAAGUGAGCUGGAGAAAAAGUUGGAUCCUCUGGACCAGGCCAAAGUGGAUCUGAUGUCUGCUUACACGCUCAAUUCUUUAUUCUGGAUGUACUUGGUCACACAAGGCGUCAAUCCAAGAGAACAUGGCAUCAAGCAAGAACUGGAGCGGAUCAGGACUUACAUGAACCGAGUGAAAGACAUCACGGACAAGAAGAAGGCGGCCCGUCUGGAUAAGGGCGCCGCCGGACGCUUCUUGAGGAACGCCCUCUACGAGCCGCAGGAAAAGCCGUCCAAGAAGAAAGCGACGACUGCGGCGGCGGCCGUCAGUAAAACAUCUGAAGCGACGCCGGCCAAGCGGCCCAAGAAAAAAUGAGCCGGAGCUUUUAUAUCUGAUUUGUUGACUUUCCCAUGCGGACAUGUUCCAGACCAUAACAACAAAACGUUGUCAUACGUUUGGAAAAUGGCCUGGGAAAGGAAAAUGUUUGUCGGGAUGUCUUUUUUUUUUUUUUUUUUUUUCAAGCAAAAAGUUAUGAACGUGAUUCCAUGAAUCCAGUUUUAGUACUGUAUUGUUCUUUUGUUGUGUUGCGUUCCCUCAGCAACAUUUUAUGAUGUGACUUUUUUUUUUUUUUAAGUAAAAAGGGCACCUGUUUGAAAUAAUAACGCUCAGUUUUUUCCCCUUUCAAAAGUCAUAAAUCAUAUUCCGUGGUGUACAUCAACACUCCAAAUGAAAGCAACAAUACAUGGAAAUACAUUUACUGUAUUUUGAUGUUUGAAAAAAUAGUUUUACAAUUUCUAUUUGUUUCAUUUUAGUCUUAUUUUCUGUAUAAUUUUCAUAAUUACAUUUCCCAACUGUCUACCCUAUAUUUGUC